AUCAGACAAACAGAAUUGUGUUUUUCAAAAAUUACAAAUUUUGAGAACAUCAAAGAUAAAUACAAGACUGUUAAAGCUCUUCAAGUUUGAUUUCAAAAGCCCUGUUUUAAAUUAGAAUCAAAUCAUUACUGAAGUUGAUUGUACAUUUCCAAGUAUGAAGUAUAUGCUUUAAAGCUGCUAUGGCCUAAGAUCAGCGCAGAUCAAAUCGAAUACAAGGUUGCAGGAUCAGCAAGCGAGAGGUGAGACAUUGUUGCUCCUGAGAGAAGGGUCAGUGUCAAAAUAAUUUGUAUUUUCGAUGAUUUAGUGAUUACACCACUUCAAUAAUAAAUAGUAUUGCCGAAAUUGAAUGACAGACCAGUCAAUUUUAGAAAUUUAGCAGGGUAAAGGUUAACACUGUCAGUUUGGAAAGAAAAUAAGCUCAGGUAUUUAAAUAAAAUAUUAAUCUAGGGUCUUGACCUUCUAUCAUAGUUUGUACUUCUGGGUUAAGCAUUUCAUUUAGUUUAAGGGUAACGACGAUAGAGAUUUGUUACCUGGAAAUAUUCUGAAUGUUUAAACAUUGUUGUGGUCACGACACAACAGGAUCCUGUAGCUUAUUAGUGCAGCUAUCUUAGAACUUUGAUGGACAGAUCCAUCAUUAAGUUUAGAAUGAGACGUAGUAUAGACGAGAUAUACUGGUAAUACCUUUAUAGUAUAGACGGUAGCGUGUAUAAAUUGAACAUUGAGAAGCCAAUGAUAGAUCGAGCUCGGCGUUUCUUGUACAGCCUCGGUAUCGUGGGCAUACCUUCACGGAAGUUGAAUGUAAUAUGCGUGAUAACACAUAUGAGCUGGGCAUAAAAGAAUCAGGGCAAAUAUAUAAGUUGCAGCUUUUAUUAGUAAGAGUUAGGCAGAAAACCCCUACGAUAGUACUCGCACGUUGUUGAUUCAAAGAUAUCAUUUGACAGGAACUUCAACAAGAAGGCCAGCUUAAGAUAUGAGUUUUUUGCCUGAUCCUUGAAAAUAUUGAGCUCACUAUCUAAAUUAUUAAGCGAAUCAUUAAGUAGCAUGGUUUAGAUGUUGAUAAAACACAAAAGUUUAAUUUAAAUCAGUUUAUAGUUAUAUUAAUUUUAUGAACAUCACAUUAUCAUUGGGACAUAGUACACUUAUUUGCGUUCACGUGUUAGCUUUUCAUUGGGGGUAUCUUUAAAAUUCGAUUUUCCUGUCGUGAUUGCCCAACAAAGAUGUAUCUGGGUGGCCUCGUGGAUAAGGCACCUGUCCGCAAUCAGUAGGUCGAAGGUUCUAAUCCUGUCAGAGGCGGGUCUUGUUACUGAAGAGAUACCGGUUGGUGAGCAGCCAGCUAGUUAAAUUAUGGUUACCGAUUGCCUACCUGUCUGGUGCCUGGCAUUAAAAAAUAGGAAUCGGGAAGUAAUGCUGUUCAAUGUAUGUAGGUGUCUCAUAAGCCAACUUGACUGGCCCUUUCAGUAAGGGUGACACUAUUAUAAACAAACACGUUACCUUACUUUUUAUGCAUAAGUGAAGAGCAUUAUAAAUUUGAUAAACAUACUGCGCCUAUGGAAGAUAUGAAUAUAAGAACUAUCGUAUAUAUUUAUCAAAUGUGUGUAUCGACAAUAAAACAUUUACAAAUGCAACUUUUUAAGAUGAUUAUUACCUCCCUUUGCCUUUCGUCGUUAACGAUUUAUUGGAAAUAUAUAAAUUUGGAAGCUACACCUUUGUCUGUGUCUGGUUAAAUAUCCCAAUGUCGAUCAAAUGCGUGUUUAAAUAUUAACAUUAUAUGAAAUUCAAAAAAGAAAUACUCCGCUUUUUGAUAAACUCUUUCAAUUGUUUUACAAAAUGUAUUUGUAUGUUGUAUUUCAACCGUUACAGAUUAAUAAUCUCUUUGAAUAGAAUUUUCGUUGGUAGUGCCAAAUAGCAAUAUGUUAUUGAAAUCUUGGAGCAUUUUAAGUUAGUGUUGCAUAAAUGAUUGUGUCACAUGAUAAAAUAUGAUAAAAUUUGAUUGGAAGACAAUGCAUUUUAUUGAUCUAAAAUGAGGAUACUAUUUUUUCCAUUGUUCCGCAAUUAUUGUACUAUCUCAAUAUUUCGCAAUUUAUUUGGAAUUGAAAAUGAACAUUAUAUCCCACUUGAGAAGAAGCAUUGUGAUAUAUGAAAGAAAACAUUAGAUCAGGUUUAGAAUAAUUUACAUUACAUUUGUAAUAUGCGAUAAAAGGAAGCGACAUGCUGGGUGGAUUUUGAUUAAUUGUCAUGAAAGCUCUUGUAAAUUGUGCAUUUUUGAUAUGCUAAAACAGAACCACAUAUUGAAAAGACUCAAUUAUCAACGGGCAGAAAUCUUGGAGACGUGAUACUGGGACUAAAUAGAAGUGAAAUUACAAUCUCCGUGAAAAAAUCAUUGAAGUUAUACAAUGCAACAAAUGACUUGAAAAAUAAUAUAAAAGAAAAUCACAACAACAAAAAAAGAAUAUCCAAGAAAAUAUUUUUAUAAUGGAUAUAAUUUAUAGGAGAGUUGAAAAUACUGACCGUACUGGUAGAGACAUGGCUGAUUUGACUUUUUCGGAAAUGUUUUCUUUGCUUUAUUUUCUAUGUCUGAAAUUUCGCGGGACUUAUGACAAAAGGCUUGUUCAAAGAAGAUUUUCUAUGAUUGAAUAUUUCUUGCAAGCAUUUAAGAAAAAUGUUGCGACUGCUUUACGAAUGGAUGAUACACUGGACGAAAUACUCGAUCCAGUUGCGGCAGGUAGCGCGGCUGAAGGUACUUUUAAUAGCAAAAGUGAUGUUGACGUUAUGCUUGUUUGGAAAUGUUUACAGUGUUGUGAGCCUAGUUGCAUUGAUACAUACAAACGGCAAAGGAAAGGUAUAUUUACUGCAGACAGAGUAAAUGCUUCUCCUGGAUAUUCGCUUUUGUUAGGGUAUAACUCGUCGUUUCCCGAUAUUACUGACAAUAAGAUCAGAAAUGUGAAUUGCAAACAUGUGAUGAAUUCCAAAAACCAGUUUCAAAUAAAUUAUUCAGAAAAAUGUUGAAAAAAUAUAUGAAGAAAUUUCUUCGUAAACUCUUUAGAGAUACGUUUUUGGAAAAGCCGGUACAACAAUUAUUGCUAAAAUCUGGACCAGCAAUUAACAUUGAAGAUCCCUUGCGGGAACUUUCUCGGUUUUUGUCAAUUGAUGUAGUUUUUGCUAUACCAUACGAAGACAGAACUCUUCUAAAGUCUUGGGUUGAACGAAAAAGGCCUAACGGAUGGCCCUCGCAAGAACUGAUUUCAGAAAUUUCAAAACUGCCUGGUCAUUUGGUGCCUGUCGGACGGAAGGGCAGUCAGCUUAAGAAAUACGAAUGGAGAAUUUGCUACACAUUUGCGGAGAGACAAUUAAUGCGCUCUCUGAAUGAAGUGCAGCUGAUGUUGUAUCAGAGUAUCAAAGUUCAGCGCAAAAGUAACUUCGAAUGUGUGUCAUCUUAUAUAAUAAAAAACUUGAUUCUAUGGCUAGCAGAAGCAUUGCCUCAAUAUGUCUUUCAAGAAAAGUAUUAUUUCGCUCUCGAAUAUGCCAAACUGGUAGUCUUAUUAUCGCGUGUAAAGAACGACAAACUUCCGAGCUACAUGAUUCCUGAAAGAAACCUAAUUGCUGAUAAGCUUACAGAAAAUGAAAAACAAACUAUUUUAAAGCAGUUAUGUGAAUAUUUACCAAAAUAUCGUUACUGUCCAUUUUUUGCGUCUUCGAAGAAAACUGGAUGCACUAUAUUGACCACUGAAUAUCGGAAUAUUUGUGAAAAUUUGAGAGAAAGUGAAAGGGUAAACUUUUUAAAACAGUACCAGAAGACAACUGAAACGCGUUUAAAAAUGAAAAAUACUGUUUUAAAAUACAGCAGUAUUUUAAAUAACCAAGCCUUUACGCUUCUUAUCUAUACGUUAAGGUUAUGCCACACGACUGAGUCCCGUGAUCACCGUGAGCAACUUCGAGAUAUUAUUGUUCCACUUUUUGCUGAUUGUAUAAAAAUAUACACAAAGCAAUAUGCAAGGAAUAUGUUACAAAGGAUAUAUGAUCGCAUUACUUCACGGUUGUAUCAUUGUAUGACAAAUAUCACAAUGUGGAUUAGGAGGAAAGUGCCAGUAACUGUAAACGAACUAUGUUUGGCGGUAGUUUCAUUUUGGCUACAUGUUACAACGAUCUGAGAUAUUAACAGACAUACCCGAUUUUCUGGUCAAUUCUUCUAACUGUGAUGUAACGUAUGUUACAAGAAAAAAAAUAGAAUUGUAAACAUACAUGUUGAUCCAGAAAGUAUGGCCGACCAACCACCUAUCUUACAUAAUCAUACAUGUUUAAAUCUGAUACAAACUUGUUUACUUUCCUACUGACAUCUAGUGUUUCCAUGUCCAGACAUUUCUUCAUUUUCUCAACAUGUUGAUCACUAUAGCUGCUUCAUAUUUAUUCCAAAACAUUUAAAUGUAUAUUUAAGAUAGGUGUCAUCAUUUUAUUUGGUCUGUGUUUUUGCAUAUUUUAUCAUGAAAAUUCCUGAGAAAAGUCAAUAUUUUUUUUUAAAUGAACACUACAAAUAUUAUACUUUGCUCAGACUGCAUUGGUAAAUUCUUUACUUCCGGUGUUAAGUUAAAUUGAAAUGGUUUUACUACAAAGAUGUUAUUAUGGCAUACAUGAUUAUUGAUAGAUAGAUCUAGAGAUUUGUUUUGUAUCUAACAUAUUUUGACCUUUAGUAUAUCAAUGGUUGUUUAGAGUAUAUUCAAGCCCUUGUUACAUUGUUGUUCGCUGCUUGAAUAUUUGGAAAGCCGACAUUGUCUUCUAUUUUUAAUCAAUUUGUACGAUAGGAGUCACUAAACUUAAUGAGUAAGUACAAGUCUUUAGUUUAACCUUGACUUUGGGAUAUUAUGUAGAUGACACCAUUUAUCCUCUUGAAGGCUGAUUCAUGCUCAUGAACACAAAUUUUUUAAUACAGCGAGGUACAUUUGUGUAUAAUUUUUGUGUUUAUUGUGUAUUGCUUUUUAUUUUUACAUUUACUGUUAUAAAGAGUGUUAUAGUU